UCGUUGAUGUCUCCUCACCUCCGUGCCGUCCUCCGUCGCGGAUUUUUACUCGCUGCUAUAUUUUGUUAAUAUAGACUUGCGAUUUUAAUUAUGUGUGUUGUUUUUCAUACAGAUAAUUUUUAACUUCCAUUCGAUACUUGAGUGAACUUUACAAGAUUUUAAACACGCGUUGAUGUCUUUUAUUGAGUGACUACCCAGAAAUUCAGAAGGAACAGGGUAGACUAUCCUAUUGCAAGAUCCGAAAAUAUGGCGACCGAAGGAGACAUGUUGCUUACCACAGAAAAUGUGACGGACUCUUUAUCUGCAGGCGAGGCCGGCCACUCCAUCAACGUGCCGGGCUUGGUGGCUAUCAUCAUCUUCUACCUUCUGAUCCUGGGCAUCGGGCUGUGGGCAGCUUGGCGCAAGAAGGGCACGGAGGAUACCGCCGAGGAUGUCAUGCUGGCAGGCAGGGACAUCGGCAUCUUCGUGGGCUGCUUGACUAUGACAGCAACAUGGGUCGGCGGAGGUUAUAUAAACGGGUCGGCGGAGGCAGUGUUCACGAGCGGCCUCAUCUGGUGUCAGGCGCCCUUCGGUUAUGCCAUCAGCCUGACGUUGGGUGAGAAGAGCUUUGCUGUUAUGGUCGUUUUGGUUGUAAUAGUAGUUAAGGAGGAUUUUUUGAAAGAAAAACGGAAUAGGAGGGAAGGAGGAAGAGAGAAAGACACAUUGUGUUCUUCGGUUAAGGAAAACUUUCUUUGCUCACAUUCCCUCACCCCUCCUACAGGCUCGACCUUGGCUGUGAUCCUCGACCUCUCGAACAACGUGUCGAUCAUCGUGUCGGCCGCCAUCGCCGUGGUGUACACGCUCUUCGGAGGCCUCUACUCCGUCGCGUACACAGACGUUGUGCAACUCUUCUGCAUCUUUAUUGGGCUGUGGAUAACCAUCCCGUUCGCCCUGAUGCACGAGGCCGUCGGGUCGCUGAGCCUCAACGAAACCGACUGGCUGGGCUCCAUCUCCGAGGACACGCCGUGGGUCUGGGGCGAGUGGACUGACUUCGCCGUCCUCCUCAUCUUCGGGGGGAUUCCGUGGCAGGUAUACUUCCAGCGCGUCCUCUCGGCACGCAGCAGCAAACAAGCCCAAAUGCUGUCCUUCGUGGGAUCCUUUGGCUGUUUCUUCAUGGCAGUUCCAGCUUGUAUUAUCGGAGCCAUCGCCAAGGCCACAGAUUGGGACCAGACGGAUUACACCAAGGACGUCACACAGAAAGACCAGGCCAAGCUGAUUCUUCCUCUCGUAAUGCAGUAUCUCACUCCACAGUGGGUCGCCUUCUUCGGUCUUGGAGCUGUCAGCGCUGCCGUCAUGUCCUCAGCUGAUUCCUCUGUGUUAUCGGCGUCCUCGAUGUUCUCCAAUAACAUCUACAAGAAUGUUUUCAGACAGUCUGCGAGCGACCGAGAGUUGGUGUGGGUGAUGCGUUUCACUGUCUUGGUGGUCGCCUGUAUAUCAACGGUGAUCGCCAUCAAAGGAAAUUCUAUCUAUGAGCUUUUCUACCUGUGCGGUGACUUCGUCUACGUCAUGCUGUUCCCGCAACUGACCCUGGCAGUGCACGCGCCCAACUACGUCAACACGUAUGGCUCCAUCUGUGGAUACGUCCUUGGUUUCAUCCUCAGAAUCUUGGGUGGUGAAAAGGUGCUUGGAAUCCCAGCUGUGAUAAAAUAUCCGUUUUAUAUUGACAACGUUCAGUAUUUCCCCUUCAGGACCCUGGCCAUGGCUGUGACCAUGGUGACCCUCCUGCUGGUGUCUUGGCUCGUGCGAUCCCUCUACGACGCUGGCAAGUUCCCCGACUUCCUGAACGUGCUGUCGCAAGACACGGUGGCCGUCCUGAAGCGGGGCGACGAGGCGGGUCCCGGUGGAAUCGACAACCCGGCGCUCGACGCCUCGACGCCCAGCGAGAAAAAGGCGCCGCCGCCGUCGUACCGCGAGUCCGUCGAAAUGACGCAGUUCUAGGCAGUGACGCGGGGGCCGUGUGGCACCGCGGACGGCGCUGCAGGAGGCGUUGUCCUUGGCCGGCAGCCGCGGCUCCUCGUGGCUUCCGCUUUAAAAGACCUACAUUAGCUCGGCAUUUUUAUUGAGAAAGGCAAUAGAAGGACAUACAUUAGGUAGGCUUUAUACUUAGAGUGUGUUUGGUGUAUAGUGUGAGUGUAUACUUUUAAGAAUUGUGUAUAUAUCUUGACAGGACGCAGCUGUUGUUCAGCGAAAAAAAUAUGACGAGUGUGUGCAUUGUAAAAUUGAUGUAAAAUAUGAAAUGUAUAUUUUUGGGUUGUGCGCGAUCUUUCGCAUUUUAUAACUUAAUACUUUUAAGUAUAAAUUUUAUCGAAGAUAUAUUUUACUGUUGUUGCAUUUCCAAAUUUAACAAAAUAUAUCGUUGCUGCACAGUUUUAUACGGAAUUAUAUGAUAUAUAAAAUGCAUCCGAAAUAUUUUCACGUCUUGUUUUGUGUGAUGAAAGAAUUAUGAGGAUGGUUAUGUGAAUAUAUAUAUAUAUUACCACAAAAUAGAUGAAUAUUACUCAUCAGUGUAAUAGACGGUUGUGACUGAUAUUUUUUAAUAGUUUCAUACAAAUGAACAUAUAAUAAAAUUUCUUUUAUAAUCUUU